UUUAAGUAAUAAUAAUAGUUGAAAUUCAAUAAAAAGAAAAUUUAUUAUGAAAUUAUAUCAAAGCUUAAUAUUGGCAAUUUUUUUAUCAUUUGCUAUAACGCUAUCUAAGGGGGAUCAAAGCGGGGAUCAGAGAGAAGAAAAACUGACUUGUUUCUUUUGUGACGAUGAGAUUUCUUGUAAUAAAAACAACCAAAUAGACAAACGUUGUUGGGAAAUAAGUGAUUCAUGUUUAACAAUAUUCAAUGAAAAUAAUAAGGUUAUAAAACGUGGCUGUUAUUCAAGCUAUAUAAAAUAUUGUCAAGAUAAUACGAAAAAUAAAUGCUAUGAAUGUAACUCCGAUCUUUGUAAUAAGGCAUACUCAAAAGAUGAAUACAUUAAAUGUUAUAAUUGUACAACAUUCGAUAAUCCAAAAUGUUCUGAUGUCAAUGAUGUAUCGAGUGUUCCGAUAAGAGAAUGUCGCGAAUCUUGUAUGUCCACACUUAAAUAUCUCGAUGAUAAGAAAAUUAAAUUUCAAGCGAUAAGAAGCUGUUUGGAUGACAAAAAUGAGGAAGAACGAAAAAAAUGUAAUGAUAAAAAUUUUUGUGAAGCAUGUAAUAAAGAUUUUUGUAAUGGUGGUGUGUAUCCUAAACAUCGUUUACGUUGUAUUCAUUGUAGCGGAAGCCAUUGUAAAAAUCCAGGUCCAAACUACUCAAAAUUUUGUGAAAAUAUUGAAGAAAAUGAUAAAUGCAUGAUUGAAUAUAGUGGCUUUGGCAUUAUAAAAAAAUUUGGUUGUUUAAGUGACUUGAAUAAAGAGGAUAUUAAUGAUAUGUUAAUUAAUAAUACGUUACACAUUUGUGAUGGCACUAAUUGUAAUACAGCACUAUCCGAAGAUUGGAAUACUUGUUAUAAAUGUGUAUCAGCGAAUAUAAGAGAAUGUAUAACAGAUGUCAAAAAUAGUGGGGCUGUUGGAGGUGUUUUUUGUCACGAAUUGCCAAACCAAAAAUGUUACACCAAAUUUAAUAGUUUAACAGGAUCAGUCGAAAGAGGAUGCUGGGCUAGACUCGAUCAAGAAGAAAGGGCUAAAUGUCUUGAUGAAAGCAAUCAAAAUUGCAAAUUAUGUACUGAAAAAUACUGUAACUAUGAAACAAUUCCAAAUGAUCGUAAAUCCUGUUUAGCAUGCAACUCAACAGCAGAUCCAGAUUGUCAUGAAAGUCCAAAGAAAAAAGGUCUAUGCUUCAAUUAUAAAGAAGAUGAUAAAUGUAUUGUAAAAUAUGUUGAUGGUGUAACAAUACGUGGAUGUUCUUCAGAUAUUGGAACCUGUGAUGCUUUAGAUCACUAUUCAUGUCAAAUAUGCUCCGGUGAAAAUUGCAAUAAGGCUAAUCUUAAAUUUAUUUCUUUAUCUAACAAAAAUCUCGGUAUUUGGCAAGAUUUACCAUUAAAAUGUAAAUAUUGCACAAGUAUAUAUCGUUGUUCAGAUUUAUCAGAAAUUAAAACAACAACGUGUCCAAAUAAUAAUGAUGAAUGUAUAACAAUAUUUAAUGAUGACAGAAAAGUGGAAUAUCGUGGUUGUUCAUCGAUACUUAAUAACGAAUAUACCGAAAAAAAAUGGAAACUGUAUUGUGAAACAAACCCGGAGUUUUGCCCUCAAUGUAAAUCAAAUGAGUGUAAUAUAGCAAAUAGUACAAGGGAUUACGUAAAAUGUCAUUAUUGUGGUUGGCCAGAUUACAAAUCGUGUAAUGAAAUGAAGGAAGAAAUAUUGUUUCCUACAAGACAAUGUUAUAAAUCGUGUAUGACAGCAGCAUAUAAAAAAACCCAAGAUUUGGAAGAUCCAGUAUAUAACGUUAUGAGAACAUGUUUGGACGAUAAAGAACCGCAACAACAAAUUGAUUGUAAAUCAAACCAAAAUGAGAAUUGUCAAGUUUGUGAAACAAACAAUUGUAAUUCAAAAAUGUUAUUUGGAAAUUGGUCUAGCUGUCACACUUGCCAGGGUUCUGAAGAAUGCAAAACACCGUUACUGAAACAGUGUGAAUCAUAUAAAAAGAACGAUAAUUGCUUUUAUUUAUAUAGCGAUAACAAAGAAAUUAUAAAAGGUGGCUGUAUGAGUGAAUUAUCCGCAGAAGUUCGAAAGAACUUAAUUAUCAAUAAUAAAGUAUCAUUUUGUAGAGGAUCAAAUUGCAACGAAGAUCUCCCGAAAGAUCAAAAGUGUGUAAAAUGUGAUUCAAGUAAAGAUGAAAAAUGUGCUACAGAACCAGAAAGUUAUAAGGAGCUCGAAAACUGUACUUUACCAAAUUCUAACUGUUAUGUUAAGGUUGUUAAUGGAACUAAUAUUCGUGGUUGUAUGAGCAGUUUAGGAGAGAAAAUGCUUGAUUGCAUAGACAGUGAAGAUUGCCUGUUUUGUAAUUCAGAUCAGUGUAAUAAUGUGAUUUAUCCCCCAAAUCGGCAAAAGUGUUUCGUAUGCGAUAGUGCCAAUAACGAAGAUUGUCAUGAAAAACCUUCAACCGCAAAAGUAUGCCCAGUUUAUUUAAAAGAUCAAAAAUGCGUUAGUAAGUACGACGAAGGAAAAACGGAGCGUGGCUGUAGUAAUGAAUUAACAUGUGAUGAGAAGGAUGUUAAAAAGUGCCAAAUAUGUAGCGAUGAGAAUUGUAACACAAUGGAUUUGAAGGGUCUGAAUAAUUCAGCCACGAUAGUCGCUAAUUCAAUGUUGAUUGGCGUUUUAGUUUUGUUAAGAAAUUAUUUGUCAUAAAAAUAAUUAUGUAAUUUAAUUUUUAAUAUUAAUUGAAAAAUCUUUUU